AAGACACACAGCAGUCUAUAACACAGCCAGGACUGGAACUGAGUUAUCCUAAUUCCCUCUCCGAGGCUCUUUCCAUCAUGCCAUCUUCUUGUCUGGUGCUUUCCAUCCAUGAACUCUGGAAAACAAGCUUGAGAUACCAAAAUUAAAAAGACAGCUCAUCAAAAAUGAAUAGUUACACUUUUAUAAGUACAAAAAUGAAAUACUCAAAUAUCUUGCCCCCUCACCUGCUAGAAAUGUAAAUGUUAACCUGAGUUGUCUAGUUUUGCACAGAUCCGCAGCAAUUAACACUGCACUGUGAGGGAAAUACUUUUCUAAAAAAGAAUCGUAAUCAAUUGAAACAAAAAUUUUAAAACAUGAAAUGGAAGGAAAGAAACUGUCGUCCUUCCUUUUUUUGACCCACACUUAUCGAUUUUCAUGACAGAGUUUCUCGAGCCAGGGACACAUGGCCAAAGACCAUGUGAAAUGCCAGGUGUUCCAAAUAACACCAUACGGGGUCGUGGAAGGAAAGCACUGCCUCCCCAGGGAGCAAAUGGCCCGACUUCCAGACACAGUUUUCUGCAGUCUCAAACCCGAUGUUGCACUAAGAAACCACCUAAUCUUUAGGCGGUUUCGUUUACCGAAAAAUGAGGGGACUGGGUCAGUGCGCAUAUGUGAAUUUAAGCGUAAGAUUGUACUCACCCCUUGUGUAUUUAAAUUCUCAAAUGUUCACUUAAAUAUAUGCAUAGACCAUUGUCACUUCGUCCGAAGUCGCGUCCGGCCCAGUUGCGCAAGACUCUAGCGGGCCUCCUGCUGCGCCCGGGUAGGGAUCCGGGUCCGGGUCCGGGUCCGGGCGUGCAACCGAAGCCGUCAGUGGCCCCGCUAGCUAAAAAAGGGCAAGCGUCGGCGGCUCGAGCCAGCGUCCGCGGAGCUUCCCAACAGUUCCUAAUUCGGGGCUCUCCGUCGGCCCCACCACCUGUUCCCGGCAGCCAAUAGGGCCGCGGGGGGCGGCCGGGGCGGAGCGCGGCUACAAAAGGCCACGGACCCCGCGCGCCCGCCCACCCCGCUCCGAGCGCGCACUAGGGGAGGUUCGGAAGGACACGGCCGAGGGCCAGGAACAUUCCGCGCGUGGACCAGCCGGGCCGGGGCGAUGCUGCGGGUGCGGUGUCUGCGCGGCGGGAGCCGCGGCGCGGAGGCGGUGCACUACAUCGGGUCUCGGCUUGGACGAACCUUCACAGGAUGGGUGCAGCGAACUUUCCAGAGCACCCAGGCAGCUACGGCUUCCUCCCGGAACUCCUGUGCAGCUGACGACAAGGCUACUGAGCCUCUGCCCAAGGACUGCCCUGUUUCUUCUUACAACGAAUGGGACCCCUUAGAGGAAGUGAUAGUGGGCAGAGCAGAAAACGCCUGUGUUCCACCAUUCACCGUGGAGGUGAAGGCCAACACAUAUGAAAAGUACUGGUCAUUUUACCAGAAGCAUGGAGGGCAUUAUUUUCCCAAAGAUCAUUUGAAAAAGGCUGUAGCUGAAAUUGAAGAAAUGUGCAAUAUUUUAAAAAUGGAAGGAGUGACAGUGAGGAGGCCUGACCCCAUUGACUGGUCACUGAAGUAUAAAACUCCUGAUUUUGAGUCUACGGGUUUAUACAGUGCAAUGCCUCGAGACAUCCUGAUAGUUGUAGGCAAUGAGAUUAUUGAGGCUCCCAUGGCAUGGCGUGCACGCUUCUUUGAGUACCGAGCAUACCGGUCAAUUAUCAAAGACUACUUCCACCGUGGUGCCAAGUGGACAACAGCUCCUAAGCCCACAAUGGCUGAUGAGCUUUAUGACCAGGCUUAUCCCAUCCACUCUGUAGAAGACAGACACAAAUUGGCUGCUCAGGGAAAAUUUGUGACAACUGAGUUUGAGCCAUGCUUUGAUGCUGCUGACUUCAUUCGAGCUGGAAGAGAUAUUUUUGCACAGAGAAGCCAGGUUACAAACUACCUAGGCAUUGAAUGGAUGCGUAGGCAUCUUGCUCCAGACUACAGAGUGCAUAUCAUCUCCUUUAAAGACCCCAAUCCCAUGCAUAUUGAUGCCACCUUCAACAUCAUUGGACCUGGUCUUGUGCUUUCCAACCCUGACCGACCAUGUCACCAGAUUGAUCUUUUCAAGAAAGCAGGAUGGACUAUCAUUACUCCUCCAAUACCAGUCAUCCCAGAUGUUGUGCUGUUUUUAGAUCAUCCACUCUGGAUGUCAUCCAAAUGGCUUUCCAUGAAUGUCUUAAUGCUAGAUGAAAAACGUGUUAUGGUGGAUGCCAAUGAAGUUCCAAUUCAAAAGAUGUUUGAAAAGCUGGGUAUCAGUACCAUUAAGGUUAAUAUUCGUAACGCCAAUUCCCUGGGAGGAGGCUUCCACUGCUGGACCUGCGAUGUCCGGCGCCGAGGCACCCUACAGUCCUACUUGGACUGAACAGGUCCGAUGGAGCUUGUGGCUGGCCUCAGAUACACCUAAGAAGCUUGGGGCAAGGUUCAUUCUCCUGCUUUAAAAAGCGCAUGAACUGUAGUGCUUUAAACAAUCAUCUCCUUAACAGGGGUUGUAAGCCUGGUUUGUUUUUAUUACUUUUCUUUGACAUAAAGAAAAUAACUUCUGCUAGGUAUUACUGUCUACUCCUAAAGUCAUUUACUGUUUGGCUUCAAGUAUAAAAUUUGGUGAAUGUGUACCAACACAAAAAUUAGUCACCUGAGUAAUUUGGGCACUAAUAAUUAACCAUCUACCUCUGUUUUUAAUUUUCUUUCCAAAAGGCAGCUUGAAAUGUUGGUUCUAAUCUUAAUUUUUUUCUCUUCUAUAGACUUGAGAAUGUUUUUUUUUUUUUUCCAAAUGAGAGGCUUAGAAUGUACACAGAUCCUAAAUAGAAUCAGAUAAUCUCUUUUUUCUCUAAAGGAGAGAAAGACUUAGAACAUACAUAGAUCUGAAGUAGAACCACAUAAUUGUCUCUUUUUCUAAUAAGGAAUUUGGGUAAUUUUUAAUUUUUUGUUUUUUAAAAAAUAACCUAGACUAUGCAAAACAUCAAAGUGAAUUUUCCAUGAAUGUUUUUAAUAUUCUCAUCUCAACAUUGUGAUAUAUGCUACUAAAAACCUUUUCAUAUGCAUCUUACCUCAUUUCAAGUGAAUUAUUUUAAUCUUUUCCUCUCUUUCCAAAAAUUUACAGGAAAGUUUAGUGUAAUUGGACUUUGCUAUCAGUUCCCAUCCUUAAGUUUUGCUAUUCAAUAUCUGAUAGACACUGCAUCUUUGGUAAUCUAAGAUUUGUUUACAAAUGUGCAAAUUAUUUAGAGCAUAGACUUUAAAAGCAUUAAAAAAAAAACUAAUGGAGGUAAAACCUAUAUGCAAUGCAAAAUAAUUUUAGUGUUGAUAUUGUAUGUGUAUUUUUAUUCUAAUAAACUUUUGUGUUCCAGAUUGAA